AUGGACUCUGAUAUGGAUUACAUGAGCAGCUGUCAUGGACUAUUGCAUUACUUCAAUUUUCUUGCAAGUAUAAUGGAUGUCGUGGAUGGUAUUUCCAUUCACAAGCCACAUUGGCGCCUUAUCGACAUCAAAAAGUCUAGCAGACAUCGAUUAUUUCGUCAUAGCAUGAAAGACGUAGAUGAUUUAAAUUGUGUUCUGUGCGGUAAGCUUGAAGGCGAUGAACAUUUGUUCUGGGCAUGCGCUCUAAAAAAAACAAUCUGA